GCCGCCCUCCGGCUGCUGCUGCUGCUGCUGAGCGCAGGAGACUGCCAGCUGCACACAUCUUGUGAAAUCCAGAAGUGCACCACUGAUUUUGUAUCCUUCACUUCACAUCUAAAUGCAGCUCUUGAGGACUUUGAUGUGGAGUUCUGCAAGGCCCUGCGGGCAUACUCUGUGUGUACCUAUCGCAAUUCCAAAGUAUGCCGUGGAAACCUAGUCUACCAUUCUGCAGUGCUUGGGAUCGGUGAUCUCAUGACCCAGAGAAACUGUACCAAAGAUGGACCCACAUCCUCCACCAACCCUGAAAUGACCCAUGAUCCUUGCAAUUACAGUGGCCACACAGAAGCGAGAGAACGUCAUUGGGGAGAGAAGACGACUCCUCCUACUUACCUGUUUUGUGGCUUGUUUGGGGAUCCUCAUCUGAGGACUUUUAAGGAUCACUUCCAGACGUGCAAAGUGGAAGGCGCUUGGCCCCUCGUAGACAAUAACUACUUAUCAGUGCAAGUGACCAAUGUGCCUGUGGUCCCAGGAUCCAGCGCUACUGCUACAAACAAGAUAACUAUUAUCUUCAAAUCAUACCAAGUCUGUACAGACCAGAAAGUAUAUCAAGCAAUGACUGAUGACUUGCCUGCAGCUUUUGUUGAUGGUACAACAAGUGGAGAAGAUGGGAACACCAGGAGCUUGCACAUUGUGGAGAAAGUCAGUGGCAAAUAUAUUGAGAUUCAUGCUAGGUACAUCGGGACCACGGUGUAUAUCCGCCAGCUUGGGCACUACCUGACCCUGGCCAUUCGCAUGCCCCAGGAGCUGGUCAUGGCCUACGAGGAGAGCCAGGAUCUGCAGCUGUGUGUGAAUGGCUGCCCUUCCAGUGAGCUUAUUGAUCAGAGUGGCCACCUGCCAUUGCCUGUGAUGGGAAAGCUGCUUCCUUGGGGUGCUGCAGCUCAUCCCCGGUCAGGGUACACACUGGAAGUGGCCACCACGAAAUGCCAUGAGAAGAUGCUUGUGAAGGACAUCUAUUUUUACUCGUGUGUAUUUGAUCUACUCACCACUGGUGAUGCCAAUUUCACAACUGCUGCUCACAGUGCCUUGCAGGAUGUGGAGGCACUGCACCCCAGCAAAGAGCACUGGCAUAUCUUUCCCAAGAGUGGUAGUGUGGGCAGGGAUAGCAAAUUCUUCGUCAGUUUUGGACUUCUGUGCUUGAUUCUUGUUGUGUGUUUGUAGGACUUUUUUUGUUUAGACUGUAACAAAAUUUUGAAAUAUAUAUGUCAUAAUAUAUUGAGUAAAGAUGAAUAUAUCUGUAUAUACCAUGUAUAUGAAGGGAUGUUUUAUCUUGGAGCAUCCUCCAGAUUGGAUGUUAAUUGUUUUCAUGUAUAUUUGAUUCAGUAUUCUCUGUAUCUAUUUGUUUUACAGUUGUUGAAAAGUUUUAUAAUGUCCCUGCACUGGGACCUGAUAAAAAGCACUUUUUACAUACUAAAUAUCUAAGUGUGUAUCUGAGUAACUAUGUAUUAUACAUGAAAUACUCAGUGCUCUCUCUUCUCUAAGUACUACUUGAUUUAACAUAUUUUUUUAAACUGAAUUAGCCUGUGGGUUUUCCCAAGAGACCUUCAGUUAAUGUCAAACGUGUACAUUUUGAAGCUAGUGAAUGGUCUCUGAAGAGACUGGAGAGAACUUAAACUUAGAGGGAACACUUUUUUUUUUUUUUUUUUUUUUGUUGUUUUUUGGUUUCUUUUCUUUUCUUUUCUUUUUUUUCCCCCCUCUCUUCACAGGCCCUCCAGUUGUCUGUUAUAGAAGGCUACAGAUGUAUAUUUUUUUCAUGCUUGGAAACCCCACAAUGUAUCAUUCUUUGCAAAAUGUUUUAGAUGUGGUUCAUCAGUAUACCAGUAAGUAUUUGUAUGUAUGUAAAAGAGUGGAUGUGCAGUGUGUAAAUAUUUUAAAUUAUUAUAGUAGAAGAAUAGUUGCCACCCUCUGCCAAGGAAUGUCAGUAAGGUGGUAUAAGUGACCCCUGGUGGGGUGCACAGAAAUUGGGGAUGUACACCACGUACUGGGCAGGUAAUCUAUAAAUAAAUUCUCAGUUUGUCUCCUAGCCAAAUAGGAUGAUAGGAUAUUGGAUAGGAAUGUGCUGAAUAUAGUUGUUACACUUCUUGAAGAUGCUAGUUUCCUUCUGCUAAAUAAGACGUGUAAAUUUAUGACCAGCAGCUGCAAACCAGGCCAGUUUAUUGAAAAGAUUGUGUGUGGGAAACUAAGAGGAGGAAUCCCUCAGGAUCCCACUUGUGCAGUUCCUUUGUAGUGUUUGCGGAGAUACUUAUAAGAACUUCAACACAUGGGUUUGUGUUCCUGCUACAUCCCUCUUGAGAGGCAUUAUAAAAAUCCUCUUUUCAUGUUAUUGGAGAAAUCUCAAACCAGAAGAACCCUGGAACAGAAUUUUUUUUUUUCUGUAAAACUAAAGAAGAGGUGGUGAAAUUGGAAUAAAUGAUACAGAAGAGUCCACAAGAUUACAGAGCUUAGUGUAACAAGAUGAUCCGCUAAGUACAUAUGGAGUAUUUCAGCUGCAAGGUUAAUCACACAGCGUGAAGGUAAAUUGAAAGUGCCAAAACUUAAAAGAAGUUAUGUCAGAUACAUACAAAGAAAUUCAGACCUAAUAAACCUAAUCACAGCUGUGAAUGUUGCUUCACUAAGCUUGCUUUACAGCUAGAAGUUGAAGUGUGUGAGAAAUAAUCUUAUCUGGAAGAUGUAUCAGUGAAAUAAGUUGUGGAAAUUGCUGUAGAAAGUAAAAGGAGUUUUAAAUGUUUAUGUUUACUGUGCACAGAAGGCAGCUGUCAUACCUGUGGGAGCUUACUCAAAAAUGUCAGUCUCACACUACAAGCUCUGCAGAAGGCUGUGUAAUGUAUUCACAGCCAUUACUCGUGCUGUCUGUUUGCUGGCCUUUGUCUUAAGCUGCCCUUGGAUAUUAGUGGCUUACAUAAAAGGGUUUUUUAAGUAUCUGCUAGAGCACUCCUAACCAUAUGGUAACAGCUUCUAACAGAUGAUGAUAGUUCUCUGUGGUUGUGGAGUCUGACAACUUCCUUAGUAAGCAUGUUGCAGGACUGGCAAAGACUGUCUAAUCUUUUAUUUUGUGUAUACAGAAGGCUCCUAAAUACGGAUAUUAUAAAAAGAAAUAGUAGGCUCAAUUGCCUGUCAAACCAAAAAUUCUUUUUUUCUUCCUGGAAAACCCAUCUGGAAGAAAAACCUGCAUAGAGCAUCUGUUAAGUGGAACAUAACCAGAGAGUACAACCUUUUGUUCUUAUGGUCAAGCUGCAGACCGUCAUUGUAUUUCCUUUCAGAUUGCUGCCAGAAAAUAGAAAAUCAUUAUUACUACCAUGCAUUUGUUUUAUGAGUUUUGAGGCUGUGCAAUUGUCUGUUUACUUAUAUAUGCUUCGAAGUGAAGCAAGCAAUUCUGCAAGCUUUGUGUGGCCUAAUGAGAGUUUCAUUAGUGGACGUGUUUUGAAAAAAAGCCCAGGAGUCUCAUGGCUUUCUUCUCUUCUGAAAAGAGACACACAGUGCAAUUUAAAGUCUUGCAUUCAUUUUCUUCAUGUAAGUUCAGCUGUGGUCUUUUACACUGAAGUUUUCAUGCUUUGGUUAUUUAAUGCCCAUCUAUGUCUUGACUGAUAUAAAUUCUUUUCUGUCUUUCAACCCUGCCAGCUGUUGAAAACUGCCAUCUAUACAAUGUUCGAACACGACUAGUAAUGAUUCUGUUUUUGUAAGCAGGUAUUCCGUGUUUUUUACAAGAUAAGCAUUCUCUGUAUUGUGCUGCUACUUCACUGUAUUCAAAACAAACGGAUUGUGGGGAUCGGUGUUGUCCAUUAGGUUUUAUAGUCCUUAUUAUGGAGAGCAGUGCAGCCACAGAUCAAGUACAAGUAUACAGGUAAAUUUGUGAAGCUGAUGUAAAGCAAUUGCAUCUGAUCUGAUUCAGAAUUUUUUGUUUGUAACUAAACUUGGUUGAAAUUAAAAGCUGCUAUUAGUAAAUUAACUGUGAACAAACA